CCUCUUACAUGGUUUUCAUAAUUGCCUAGGGCCGGCUGUAUGCCUCUAGAAUCUUGACUCAAUUUAAUUGUUAUUUUUCCAACACGAGAAUGGCAGAGCUGCUCUCCCUCUUCUACUUCACUGUUUUUGCUCUCUUCUUAAGCCUGUCCCAUUCCGACGGUGUUCCGGACCCGAAAGUAAGUCCAACCGCAGCCCACGAUGAGCUACUGGAGUAUGGAUUUCCUAUAGGGCUUCUCCCAAAAAACGUCCGAGGCCACACUCUCAACCAGACUACCGGCGACUUCGCCGUUUUUCUUGGAGACAGUUGUCGCAUCACUCUCCAUCCGGACAACUACCUGGCCACCUAUUCGAAGAAAAUCACCGGUAAAAUCGGCAAAAAUCGUAUCGCGGAGCUCGAUGGGAUCAGCGUCCGGGCUUUCUUCAAGUGGUGGGGCAUAACCGGAAUCAGAUCCAGCGGAGAGAACUUGGUAUUCGAGGUUGGAAUGGUCACAGCAAAAUACCCUUCAAUGAAUUUCGACGAGAGCCCUGCGUGCGAGGGAAAGCACCCAUCAUCUUGAGAGCAAUUCAUGUGGUUCUCAAUUUGCCAUUCAAAUAUAUUUCUGUGUCCUGGGUGUGGAAUGUGCUGAUAAGUCAGACAUGUAAUGUAACUAAUGGAUCUAGCUUCCUGCGGUAGUAUAUUCUCAGCGACAAAUUAUGUAUAACUUUAAUGUUUUUAUUAUGUAAUCAGUGACUUAUGCAGGUUCAAUACUUGUAUGCUAAAACAACUAUAUAUAUAGACAUGGUGUGAUUCCAUUAAAAAGAGUGUUUUUCGGAAAAGUUUGAGCGUCGCCGCAUAUAUUAGCACACAUGGUGCGAUUCCAAUAAAAAAGGAAACAUAAAAAACCUUACUUUCA